CGACACUAAAUCUGAAGAGGUUCAGAGAUCGGAUCGUCUUCCCUGUCAAGCAUAGGUUAUUCCUCGUGAUACCAUAAUGUUCAGUGCAUGGGCGCAUUCAUAUUCUACAGCGCGGAUGGCUUGACGGAGGAUUUUUGUUUGCAGGAUAGCUUGGCCGCAGUAGAUUUUGCAUCGUGAGCCAUGGCACGAGUUUUUCCGCAAAAGUAAUCUGAGAAGAACGAGGUUAGAAAUAGGUUAAAAUGGGCGGCACACUUCUGCUUGCGUGAAAGUCGUUACAUGGACUGUACUGGUGAAAAGUUAUACGGCAGAUGGGGGAAGCAGACAAAGAGGAAAAAAUGUAAACGACAGUCUGUUUUAACAUAAUACUGUCUCUUGCCAUCGCAAAGGGAUCUAUCUUAACAUAUCGACUGAAUAAGUGCCACAAACGUGGUACAAUUCUUCAAGAAGGCUCCACGUGCAAUUCGCCCCUCCGCCCACUCUGCUUCCCUUCAUUGAAUGGGGCUCCGUUGUUUCAUCGCCCCCAACGCGUUCCAAGGACGGCAGACUGAAAAUCCUUAUACGGAUUGACCAUGCCUGUUCUACAGAUGGAGAGGACUUUAGAUGCGUUUGCCAGUCGCCAGUCUCGGUCGUUUGAUGGGGAGACCAUAAUUGGGAUUUGCUAUGUCCAGUUUCCUGGGUGUGAGUGUUUGGUUCUUGCUUGUCCUUCACUAUGUGGCUGCAGUGAUGGACUGCCACCCGGGUUGUCGCUGUGAAGUCGAGAGCUUCGGCCUGUUCCACAGCUUCAGCCUGACCCGGGUUGACUGUAGUGGGGUGGGCCGUGGUCAUGGCCUGGUGGUCCCCAUCUCCAUCCCCCUGGACACCUCCUCCCUGGACCUGUCCUCCAGCUCCAUCCACACCAUCGCUGACUCCAUGCUGUCUGGGCCGGGCUACACCACGCUGGCCAGCCUGGACCUUAGCAACAACCUCCUCUCCAGGCUCAACAGCAGCAUCUUCUCCAGGCUGCGCUACCUGGAGACCUUGGACCUGAGCCACAACACCCUGGAGGAGCUGGCCCCCGGCUGCUUCUCUGGCUUGCCCCUGGCCGAGGUGGACCUGAGCGGCAACAGGCUCCAGGAGGUCAACCUGGAGGUCUUUUCCAACAAGGGCCACGGUGCAGGACCUCUCAAUGUGGACCUGUCUAACAACCUGCUGAACACUGUCACGACUAGGGAUCCACAGGUGCUAAGCCCUCCUAAUGUUCAGAGCCUCAGUCUGGCAGGGAAUCGUCUGAGGGCUGUGCCCAAGCUGCAGGGCCUCCCUCUGAGGUCUCUGAGCCUGGACGGCAACCCCAUCCUCAGCAUCGAAAGGCACAGCUUCACAGGGCUAAGGGAUCUGGCUUACCUGUCUCUCAGUGGACUGUCUGAGCUCACCUCCAUCCAGCUCCAAAGUUUCAGUGAGCUGAGCAGCCUGCAGGUCCUAGACCUGUCCCACAACAGCAGGCUGAGACCACUUAACCCUGAGGUGUUUAGCGGACUGGCUGCCUUACAGGAGCUCAACCUGUCUAACUCAGGGGUGGUGUCUCUGCCCAGCAACAUUCUCCACCUCCUGCCCAGCAUCAAAAGCAUCGUUCUCAGGGAGAAGGUAAACUGUUGGAAGACCCAUAGACAGGUGCAGUUCCACAGACAGAUAGGAGGACAGUCAACAAGGGGGGAGGAAUUGACCUGUGAUGUCAUAGGAAUUGUUUUAUGAGUCUGCCGGCCUUAACAGGUUGGUCAAAAUGAAGAAGGUGGAGAAGCAGUGAGAGCCUCACAGUGAAAUCAGCUUAUACAGUAAUUACACUAUAUUUCAAAAUUCAGUCCUCAGAUUUGUGCAUCAUCAUCAAGGGUUGCACUCAAUUUCAAAAUAUAGCUUUUGUUCCACUGCUUCAAGGGAGUGUGCAAUAAAAUACCAGUGUAGAACAGUGGCCAUGGGCUAAUAAAUGAUGCUGGCAACUGAACUAACCAUCUUGAUAACAUGACGACGUGUGAUGAUUUACAAGGACAAAGUCAGAAAUGAUUACCUGAACUUGUUUUGUAGUUUUCAAUCCCUUUUCUAUUUUUUAACGAAUUCAACUGAACUAAAUAAUGACAACUCAUACAGUGUUAUGAUGCAUUAAUGUCCAUCAGACUUAUAAUGUAAUAAACUGUUUUAGAGGGCCUCAUAUUGUUAAACAGUACAACAAUUUCUGCUGGCAGAUAAUACCUUUUGAUUACUUGACAAAAAAUGUUUUUAAUAACAUUAGAAAUAUGUUUUUGCAACAUUUUCUACAGUAUUGCCUUGGACAUAUAUUGUGUUGUGUAUAUGAAGUCUGUCAACUAUUGUUAAUGACUGAAACAGAGACAUGUAUUUUGAAUAAAAUGGAUGCAACACAAUUUGUUCCACACCCUUUUCUGGUCUCGCAACACAAGGUCCAGUGUGUGACUGAUUCACAUAAGGUUUGUUUCAUUCUGUACAGUCAAUAGCACCAUGUAAAAAAUGUGAACGUAAGAGAGUCUUGUCACCGUUUACAGAGUUGAGGAGCGACUCACCAGCGAGCUGUUAUGUGGUCACUGAGGAGGCGUUUUCACAUUUUAAUUGCACUGUCAUGUAAUGAUGUCACACAGUUCAGCUCUUCUCACUGCUGUGGUUUAGUCACUGGAUGUGUUGUGUCUGUCUUCAGAUUGUGUUAAGAGCAUGUUAUAGACCUAGUUUUAGGAUGAAAUUUGGUCUCAAGACUCAAAUGCAGUUCCACUAAUGCGGGAAGUGGAGAACGGGGUAAUGUAAUAGUGAGACUGUUAAGAAAAAAAGACGAACAAGCUUAUUCUUGUUAUUACCUGUUCUUUGUUUAAAUCAGAGGAAAGGUUGAAAUAGAUUAGGUUCAAAUAAACUCUGAUCCACUUGCCUCAGUCCAAUCUCAAAUAAAAUGUUGCAUCAUCUUCACUAUUGUUCCUUUGGCUAAUAGAAACAGGCAAGCUGGCCAUGUUUGACAAUCAUUUUGACACAUCCCCUUAGUUGUAGAGAUGAAUGAAGAGUUUCAUUCCAAAACACCAUAUAUCCAUUUUCAGAAAUGUUGGUAAAUUAGCUUUUAUUGUUUUAAGGAAAUAAUGAAAUAGAGAGUGGAAAAAACACAAUCUAAUCAUAGCAGGAUUUACACAGUCAAAUGUAACAGAUAAUUACAAUUUUAAUAAACAACUGUACAAAUGCUAUGUUUGUGACAUCAAAAUUUUAAUGUAAAUAUAAAUAUAAACAGUGAA